GCGACAAGCAACUUUUUUCCCAAACACAAAAAACAAAACAAUCAUGGCACGCAGAACAAAGACACUGGCCGAGCAGCUCGCUGAGCUUGACAACCCUGCUCCCAAGGACUUUGAUCCGGAAGAGGAGCCGCCACAGGACGACAGCGAUGAGGAUGUCUCGGAUGACGAUAAUGCCGCCGCCGCAAGAGAACAUUACGUCGAUGUUGGCAAGAGCAAGUUGCGCAAGCGCGAUGUAGUACCCCUCGGACCCAGAUACGAUGGAGCUCAGAUCAGCAGAGAUGCGGCUACUGGAGAAGACGAGGAUGAGGAUGAUCCGUUCAGCAAGGGCUUCGACGAGGAAGAGAGUGAGGAUGAUGUUGAUGACGCUGCUGAGCUUUCUGCCUCCGAGGGCGAGGAUGAGGAUGUCAGUGACGAGGACGAGGACAUGGAAGAUGGCGACGAGAGCCCCGCUACCGACAUGAGCGACGAAGACGAUCAAGACUCGGACGAAGACGACAACAGACAAGUCGAGGACAAGACGGAGCUCCGCAAGAUGAUGGCCGAAGAACAAAAGACCGUAGCAGCCAGCCUCUCCCAAGCCGCAAAGCAAGACGCAGAAAAAGGUCGCGCCGUAAAGGCCCAACGCACAACCUUUGACUCGCUCCUCAACACACGCAUCAAGCUUCAAAAGGCUCUCAUCGGCACAAACACCCUCACCGGUGUCAUCACCACCUCUCCACCUACAAAAGACACCCAAGCCGCCUUCCUCGCCGCCGAAACCGCAGCCUUUACACUCUGGUCAACGCUGAACUCACUCCGCGAAACCCUGGAAUCUUCCCGCACAGGCCGUAAACGCAAACACAGCGCAUACACCCUAGAUACACCAACCUCGGACCUCUAUGCUUACAUGAAGUCGCAAGAACUUUCCGUGCAACCCACCCGCGCCACAAUCCUGGAGAAGUGGAACCAAAAAGCCAGAGGAGCUUCUGCAAUCACCACAAAGAACAAAUUGAACAACACUUCCUCAUCGCAAGGUCUGGUUGACGUUCUGCAGGAGCAGUUACAUGGAGAUCGAUUGAUCAAAAGAGCCAGAACACCCCGCUCUUGCGCUCCUCUCCAACUCUCCACCCCUGCCGCUUCCACAGAGCAAGAAAGCAACAUCUACGACGACGCAGACUUUUACUCUUUGCUACUCCAAUCCCUUCUCUCCCAACGCAGCGCCGACUCCAUCGCCGCAUCGACCUCAUCCACAAUCUCUCUAAACUCAAGCUUCCAAAUGCGCCGCGAAGCAAAAACGAAGAAAAACAUCGAUACCAAAGCUAGUAAAGGAAGGAAAAUGAGGUUUACGGUGCAUGAAAAGUUGGAGAAUUUUAUGGCCGUGGAGGAUAGGAAUGUUUGGGAGGAGAGGGCCAAGGAUGAGUUGUUUGGGAGUUUGUUUGGGAGGAGGGUUGGGUUGGGUGAGGAUGAUGAGGAUGAUGAUGGCGAGGAUGAGGUGGAUGGAGAUGGGGAGGGCGCUGAGGAGGCUGGGUUGAUGAUGUUUAGGAGUUAAGAUGGACAGUAGC